GAAUGCAACUCAAGCUAUCACCACCUCAUACCUGAAUCACUGUGCUGGUGGCUUGACUGGGCAUUGUCUGUACACACUGAUAAUUCUCCUAAGGUUCAUGGGAUAAUGGUAGGUAGCAGGGGCGGACUGACAACUCAUGGGGCCCCCCGGACAAUAGGGGAUCAUGGGGCCCCUGUGUCCUUGCCCAAACUCAAAAAAGCCUAUGAAAAAGGUACCAGGGGCAUCUCAUGGGGCCCCCUACUGACCCCGGGCCCUCGGGCAGUGCCCGAGUUUCCAAAUGGUCAGUCCGCCCCUGGCCAGGUGCCACUCCAA